UGGUCGUUGUUUUGGAGAUGGCAGCGCGCAUGUGGUUUCGGUCUCCCCUUUGUGUUUCGAAGUUGUCGAACUAUGUUUCGCGUUCUAGUCAAAAGUCAUCGAUUUACUUACUGUCCAAUGAAGUUUCACGGCGCACAUACGCACUAAAUAGUGAUUACACAGAGAAAGAAUAUGACAUUGUCAUCGUAGGAGGAGGCAUCGUUGGAACUGCUACUGCUCGAGAACUUAUAAAAAGACAUCCCAAACUCAAGUUUGCAAUAGUUGAAAAAGAACAUGUCCUUGCCGCCCACCAAAGCGGACACAACAGUGGUGUCAUCCAUGCGGGCAUAUACUACGUUCCCGGGUCCCUCAAAGCCCGGUUAUGUGUGCGUGGUCUUGAACUCUCGUACAAGUACUUUGACGACCACAACAUCCCGUACAAGAAGUGUGGAAAGCUGAUCGUUGCGGUUACGCCAGAUGAAAUACCUCGUCUGGAUGUCCUCCAGGAACGCGGCAUCAAGAACAAUGUUAAGGACCUCAAACGUGUAGACGCCGAAGAGAUCAGACAAGUGGAACCCAACUGCACCGGCAUUGAAGCACUGUGGUCUCCACAUACAGGCAUCGUCGACUGGGGCCUAGUAGCACGCAGUUACGGAAAAGAUUUUCAGGAACUGGGAGGAGAUGUCGUCCUCAACUUUCCCGUCAGAAAGCUGUCUAUCGUAGCGGAAAGCCAGCGAUCUGCUAAAGAAGCAGGCCUCACACAUCCAGUGCAUGUUGCAAGCGAUCGUGAGGCAGUUCGAUGUCGCUACCUCGUGACGUGUGCCGGACUAUACUCGGACAAGCUCGCCCAGAUGUCCGGAUGUGAUCCUGAACCUCGAAUUCUGCCGUUCCGCGGCGAAUACUUGCUCCUCAAGCCCGAGAAGAGCAACCUCGUAAAUGGAAACAUCUACCCGGUUCCGGAUCCCAGGUUUCCGUUCCUCGGCGUCCACUACACUCCGAGAAUGGACGGGCGGGUGAUCUUAGGUCCAAACGCAGUCCUCGCCUUCAGACGGGAGGGUUAUCGUUAUACAGACAUUAAUUUGCCAGAGCUCUUUGAAGCCAUCAAAUACAGGGGGCUGAGAAAACUAGCCAUGAAGCAUUUGGGCUACGGCAUCAAGGAAUACUACAAAGGCAUCUUUAUCCGUGCACAGGUUAAACAGCUCCAAAGAUACAUUCCUAAGCUCAAGUUUGAAGAUGUCACAAGAGGUCCGUCAGGUGUACGAGCGCAAGCCCUGGAUCGUGACGGCAACCUCGUAGACGACUUCGUCUUCGACAGCGGCGCAGGGGAAUUGGGGCAGAGAACACUGCACGUCCGCAAUGCUCCUUCGCCGGCGGCUACCUCGUCAUUAGCCAUAGCCGAAAUGAUAGCCGACAAAGUAGAGCAGACGUUUCAGUUGUGAUUCUUUGAAACAUUUAGGCACCACAUAGUGGAUGGAACAUUUAUGUUUCAUGGAUUCCUUAGAGGUAACAUAUUGAUUGAGGGGAAAUGCUGCUACGUGAUUAAUAGAUUGAUCACUGUUAUUAUUUCAUUAUCCUCCCAUGGGAGUACCGAUCACGACACAUUCUGGUUUCAGUUGUCCGUGAUGCAGUGGGAGGUUGCAGGCUUUGCAUCUCCUGGACAAAGAAGUCAUGUAGAGAAUAGAAGAAAGUUGGUCACUGCCAGUUUUACGGUGCUGCGUUGGCAGUUUCUUGGUGUAUUUUCGUUCUAGUCAGUGAUACUGUAUUCAUACCUGUGCCACGUAGGCACAAAAGAAGACAUAAUUGUCUACUAUUGUUUGAGUCUCGAGUGGCAUUAUAUUUGCGCAGUUCCUGCUACAUUAAAUGCCGUGACGAUGAUGUGGCCACUCAUUGUGAUCACUACAGGUCAGAUCAGGUACAAUUUGUAAAGAAUGAAACUUAGUUUACAGGUUGAAAGUGCAAUUAAUAUUAAAUUUUAUAGUACAUAUUAUGUUUACUUUCAUGUGGACCUGUUUAAAGGGGCACUAAAAUGCAAAAGCAAGUUUACUACAAAUUACGUUACACGCUACGUUAAUUUCGUACUUGUUAUCAUAAUUCAAAACUUUGAUUCCGUUACGAAGCUACAACCAAAAUUAUACCGAAAAACUCUUCCUUGCUUCGGCACUAAGCUGUGAAGGACACUUCAGCUCGUGCAUCUGUGUUUUUAUUCCGUGCUGCACGUGCAGUCCCGGUGAAAAACACAGUGCGUGUUGUGAGGAGGACUGGCAUCGCUGUCCGAAGGACGUGAAGAUAAAUGUUAUCAGUGGAACAUUCACGAGAACUGUUGUGGGCAGUGAAUUCAGUGAAUCGGCAUAGAAAAAUUCAGCAGAGCUCAUCAUGCCGCGCAUAUACGGAACACUACAAUCACACUCGUUCCAAAUCCACAAGCCCACGAUAGGUACGCGUGCGUUCCUGCUGUCUGAUUGGAUGCCACCAAUCUUUGCCUCGUGGGGAUCCCAUUCGUUGACACCACAGAUGGCGCUGUUUUCAUUGCGUUUUUCUUCGAAACGGUAGCAUUCUCUGAACUGAUUUUUGUUUGAAUUAUACUAAUUUAGACGCAGACUUUCAUUUGAGAGCAAGUUGUUUUUGAAUUUUAGUGCCCCUUUAAUAUAUUCUCAUACCAGGUGCUUCCAGCAUGGAUUGUCAGCUCGCAAAACAACUGGGUCUGCAAAUAGCAUUGUCAUGCGCCUUUUUGUUUUGCCAGUGGAAAUUCUUAAGAACUCAAAUGCAAUGGCACAGCUGCUUCCAUGAAAGAUAUGCCUCCGCUAAAAUUCGCAAAACUUGUGUCGUACAGUACUGUCCAAAACCUUGUGCUGUACAGUACAAAGUGGAGAACCGAGAAUAAUGGGCAUUCCGUUGGCAAAUGGGUUACGGCAAACCCCUUAAGCAGAACGUGGCAUCACGAUAAAUGACAUUAAAACAUAUAAUACUCACUGCAUUAAGAACUUAAUGUCAUUUUUCGUGUCCGUGAGCGAUGUGUGCUAGCACGGUAAUGCAUUUGGACAACCUAUAUUAGUUUAUACAUGUAGCGUAUUAUCGUAUUUUUAUGUUUGUAUUCAAUCAGCAUUGAUCACGCAGACGAGAGUUGUGGACCAAUCUGCAAUGCUACAUGACAUGACACAAGCUUAGACAAAAUGAGAUUUCGACAGUGUCCAAAUAAUUCUGUGGUCUGUGAAUAACCACUGAGCUUAUUUGAACUGAAAGUUCUGCAUUUGUUACACUGUGCCAUAAUACAAGAAGUUCAUUACGA